AUGGACACUAAGGAUGAAUUUACUGAUACGAAGUUGGUUCCACCAACCCCCUCCACACCACCCUUUAUUCUAUCGACUCGUUUUUGUAUGGCAUUACUUGUAUUCAUGGCGUUUAUUGUUCAAUAUUGUCAGCGAGUCAAUUUUCCGAUAGUCAUUACUUGUAUGAUCAACAGCCCGCGUUCUACAUUGCCAACAAUAGACGAAACAACAACAUUACCUACUGCAUUUCUAGACCAGAAUGCGAUAGAAGAUGAAACAACAAAGAUGAUGAUACUCGAAGCAAAUUCGGUACCACAAAUUCAACGUUAUAAUUUAUUUUUUAAAGAAAAAAGAUUUUAUUGGACUGAAGCUCAACAGCAGCUAUUACUCGGAGCAUAUUGGUUCGGUUACAUAUUUACUCAAGUGCCAGGUGGGUGGAUGGCAACAAAUUUUGGAGCAAAACGUGUCUAUGCCAUAUCAUUAUUUACAUCCUCACUAUCGACAUUAGCUUUAAAUAUAAUGUAUUUUAUGUCAGAUACAGAAUUUAUUUUAAUCUUAAUCCUAAGAGUUUUAAUUGGUUUAUCACAUGGUGUUUUAUUUCCGGCAACUGUUGCUCUUUGGAGUUUAUGGGCUGUUCCAACUGAACGUGGUCGUUUGGUUUCUAUAGGUUUUAGUGGAACUCAUUUGGGCACAUCUAUUACAAUGUUAAUCGGCGGUUUACUCUGUCGUUAUAUAAUUAGUGGUUGGAUCUUUAUAUUUUUUAUUUCUACUGUACUCGGUUUUGUUUGGUUUAUACUUUGGAUGUGGAAAGCGGCCGAUUCACCUGAUGUACAUCCAACAAUAAGUGAUGAGGAACGAGAAUAUAUUUGUAAUAUAACACUUGGUGGUACAAGUAAAAUAAAAAAACCUACAAUGUCAUUAUCAUCAAUUCCAUGGGAAAAGAUUGUCAAAUCAAAACCUCUAUUGGCUCUUUUUGUUACACAUAUAUGUAAUUUAUUUGGACUAUUUUUCUUCUUAACAAAUAUUGGAAAAAUUAUGGUUCAAGUACAUAAAAUACCAGUACAAUAUGCCGGUUUCAUAGCGGCUGGUGGUUUCUUUUUGACAUGGUUGAGCAGUUUACUAUCGGGAGCGGCUGUUGAUAAACUUGUUCAAACGAAAACAAUGUCUUUAACUAGUGCUAGAAAAUUAUUUAAUUCUAUUACAUCAUUCGGUCCCGUAUUAUGUAUGAUAUCACUUUGUUUUUGUGAUGAAACAACAAAACCAUUAGGAAUUGUUACGAUCGUUAUCUUUCUCGCAUUUUCAGGAUUGGGAUACGGAGCGGGCUAUGUGGUUAAUUUUAAUGAUAUUGUUCCCGCCUAUUCGGGUGUCAUAUUUGGUAUAGCAAAUACACUUGCUUCAUUGGCUGGUGUUAUUGGAAAUUUAGUUGCGGGUAUUGUGAUUAAACAGCCUACAUUGCAUAAUUGGCGUUAUCUAUUUAUCUUAUUCGGUAUUGUGUAUUUCGUUGGUGGAGUAGUUUAUGUUUUGUUUGGAACGGCUGAGUCAAGAACAUGGGCCACAUUUAGUGCUGUUAAUGAGAAACAAAUUGCCAAUGCCCAUAAUGCUGAAGAAAGUGUACCAAUGAAACUUAGUGGGGGUAAUGAUGAUGAACAUCCCGAUCCAAGAGUAUAA